AUGACCGACCCGAACCUGAUCACCGCCCGCGAAUCCCCAGGCGGACCGCCCCCAGGCGUGAGCCUGCCCUUCAGGCUUCGAUGGUCAAAAACACACCCUCCCGAGGACCCCGCCGUAAGCUUUGCGGGCAAGACGGUGCUCGUGACAGGGGCCAACACGGGACUGGGAUUCGAAGCGGCGGUCAAGUACGCUGCCCUCGGCGCGGACAAGGUUAUCCUCGGCGUUCGUUCCGCCAGCAAGGGCGAGGAGGCCAAGAAGCGCAUCACGGACCUCACAGGCUGCAGCCCGGAUGCCAUCACCAUCCUGCAAGUCGACCUGGCGGACUUUGGGUCCGUCACGGCUUUUGUUCGCGACCUGGAAAAGGUUACGCCCAGGCUGGACGUGGCCCUGCUGAACGCCGGCCUGGGCAACCCGACGUACGAGAAGUCGUCGGCGGGAUGGGAGAUGGCCGUGCAGGUCAACGUCCUCUCCACGGCUCUCAUGGCCGUCCUGCUGCUGCCCCUUCUCCGGGCAUCCACGGCGGCCACCGCGGGAUCGACGCCGCAUCUGACCUUUGUCAACAGCCACGGGCACAGCAUGGUCCCCAAGGAUUCCCCCCUCGUCGACGGCAGCCUGCUCAAGACGGCCAACGACCAAGAGACCUGGGAGACGAACAAGAGCUACUCGCUCGUUAAGCUGUUGGGGAUGGCCGUCAUGCAGGCUAUUGCGCGCAUGACCGUCGGCGAGAAACAACAACAACAACAACAGCCGCAGAUCAUUGUGAACGCCGUCUGUCCCGACCUCUGCAAGACCGACCUGGGUCGCAAGUGGGCAGGCUUCAUGUCCAACGUCGGCAAGGCCAUAUUCUACGCUCUGUUUGCCCGCACUGCCGAGCAGGGCGCGCGAUCUUUGGUCAGCGCGACGGCUCUGGGGCCCGAGAGCCACGGCCGCUUCUGGCACCACGAUAUCCUAUAUCCAUUCGGUGAGCUCGCCCAAGACGAGGCGUUGAUGCACAAGACAUGGAACGAGGUUGUAGAGGCAAUUGCCCAAGACCAGCCUGACAUACUGAGGUUGCUGGAUGACCCGAAAUGA